AACUGUUUUUGUAAACAUUACGUCAGAAAAGGAAAAAGAGGAUCUUUCAUGCACUGACAUAAAUGUAAUAAAGAGAAAUGGCAGGUGUGAUGGGAAUGGCAUUUAUUCCUUAUUACAAUCAACUGAUGACAAUCCUGGAGACAAAUGAUGAACUAAAGAAAAGUGCGAGAGGUAUCUUCAAGCAAAUGGCUUGGGCAGCUGGAGGGACAGCUGUGGGUGGAGUCCUUCUAGGCCCCCCUGGCGCCAUGGUUGGGGGAGUGGCAGGAUCCAUGAUUGGUUAUAUUUGUUCUGAUGAGUACACUGCAAUGAUUAAAGUGUUAGAAAAUUUAAAUGAUGAGGAGAAACAGAAGGUUGUGAAGGCUGUACAGGAAUUAGUAGGCACCUCCUCCAUAGAAGCCCUCACUAGAUUCAUCUCACAACAAGUACAAAGAGACAUGCUUUUAAAACUGCUCAGAGAUUUUGUAGGUGACAUUCAAAAAGGAGGAUAAAAUUUUAUCCACUUUAUGCAAAUAUCAUGGAAGAGUCAUGGUUGAAUGAAUUUCAGAGCAGUUAUUUUUGCUGAAUACCUGUUAACAUUUCUGUGAAUCAGACAUUAAAUGAAAUAAUAUCUACAACUUUUGUAUGAUUCUGAAUUUAAUUGUAGUUCUAUAUGAUUCUUUCAUUACAGAAUUUGAGUUAAUCCCUCAAAGGAUAUGUAAUAACAACAUGGAUAUUCUUUUAUUAAACUGACUUGUUUAAGACCUUUUCAUUUUUUUUAUAUGUCCCAUAAUAUGCUAUGAUUUUGAAUGCACUGAAAAUUGUAACAUAUUUAUAUUUUCAUUUUAAGAAUGACUUUUAGCUCACCUGAGCUAAAAGCGCAAGUUAGCUUUUCUGGUCACAUUUUGUCCAGCAUCUGUCUGUAAACUUUUCACAUUUUUGACUUCUUCUGAAGAACAACUUGGUCAAUUUUAAGCAAACUUGCCAAAAAGCAUCCCUUUGGUGAAGGGUAUUCAAGUUUGUUCAAACAAAGGGGAUAUAAUUUCAGAAUUAGUGAAAAUUUAAAGGCAUCUUUCAAAAAUCUCAAGAACCACAGGGCCAGAAACUUAUGUGAAAGCUUCAUUACGUAGAGUAGAUUCAAGACUUUUUCAAACUAUUACCCUAGGGGGUAGGGUGUGGCCACAAUGGACAAAUCAAAGUAUUACAUAGAAAUAAUUCUUUAAAAAUCUUACAAGAACGGCAAAGGUAUGAUUAGUGAUAUUUAAAUGGAAGCAUUCUCAGUAGUGUAGGUUCAUGUUUGUUCAAAUCACAACCCCUGGGGAUAGGGUGUGGCCACAAUAAGUGAUUAAUGUUUAACAUAUAUAGGAAAAAAUAUUUAAAAAUCUUUUACUCAAGAACAGCAAAGGCAUGAUAAGUGAUAUUGAUAUGGAAGAAUCCUGAAGGUAGCAUAGAUUCAAGUUUGUUUAGAUUAUGACCCUGUGGUAGGGUGGGGGCAAAGUAGACGAUCAAAGCUUUACAUAGGAAUGCAUGUAUAAAGAAAAAAAUCUUUUCAAUAACAGCAAAGACAUUACUGUAUACAGGGUUAUUUUCGCCCUUUCACACCUGCGAACAAUUUUGUCCCUUUCAAAUUCACCUAGACACAGUUCUGUUUUAGAGAUAAUGCUGUUUUCUUUGAAUUCAACCCAUUUUAAAUUUGCCCAAUUGUGAGGAGGUUAAAAGGGCGAAAAUAAAAUGGGGGCAAAAAUUUCCCUGCAUACAGAAUUAGCAUAUUAAUAUAGAAGCACCCUGUAGGUAGUGUAGAUUCAAAUUUGUUCAUAUCAUGACCUCUGGGGGUAGGGUGGGGCCACAAUGGACAAUCAAAGUUUUACAUAGGAAUAUAUAGGAAAAAAUCUGCUGAUGAAGAACAGCAGGCAAUUAGUGACUCACUCAGGUGAGCAUUGUGGCCUAUGGGCCUCUUGUUUGUUUGUGCUGUGAUGUAUAGAAAAAUAAUUUAAUAAAAUUGAAACAGAUGUAUUGUUAAUAAUUUAUACUGUUUGAUUUUUAUCUUUAACUACUAAAAUUUUAAAGUUUGUUUAUGAAUACACAUACUUUUAUAUUAGUCUUUUUUAUUUUCAGAAAUCUUUUUGUAUAUUCAUUUUUUUGUAAUUUUUGGCAACA